AUGCCCAACUGCCCAGUUUGCCGUGCCUCCCACCAACAGGAGUGUGGCCAGCGGCAAUUUAUAGAGGCGACUUGCUCCGUCUGCCUUGAGCAAAAGUCUCCCUUCGUGACGUUGCCUUGCCGUCAUGGGCUCUGCGACACAUGUUUGCCUCGAUUAGGAUUCAGCUUGUCAGCCAGAGGCCCAGGCUCGCGCAGCAGGACGCCAUGCAGACGUGACAGGCGUCGGGGGCUCUCUCGGGGGCUCUUCGGGCAAGACGCGUAUCAAACAACCCUUCAGUCGGAGUCGGCGUAUCAGGCCGAGCUCGCGGAGGAGGACGAGGAGGCUCUAGCUGAAGCGAUGCACGAGGAGGCUGAAGCAGCUUACGACGCCGACCUCGAGGAGGCGGAGGCGCUGGCUUUUGCUCGAAUGGAGGAGGAUGAGGCUCUUGCUGAAGCAGCUUACCAGGCCGAGCUCGAGGCGGAGGAGGCGCAGGAGGCGCUAGAUCAGGCUGCGUACGAGGCUGAACUCGAUGAGCAGGAGCUGGCCGACGCGGCUUGUCAGGCAGAGCUCGAGGAGCAAGACGAGAUCGCCGAGGCGAUUUACGAGGCCGAGCUCGAGGCGGAAGAGGCGCUUGCUGAAGCGGCUUACGAAGCUGAACUCGAGGAGGCGGACCUAGCUGAGGCGGCCUACCAGGCAGAACUGGAGGUCGAGGAGGCUCUGGCCGAAGCGACAUAUCAAGCCGAGCUGGAAGCAGAUGCUCUAGCCGUUGAGCUCGAAGAGGAGGAGGCGGAUGCACGAGCUGAAACGGCAGGCUUUUACUAG